CCGUCCCUCUCUCUCUCAGAUUGUUUCGUUCUCCUACUUUCUUUGGGAUUGCCGGAGGAGUGACUGACAGUGACUGUGUGUACUCUGUCCUGCCCCUCUACCAUUCCCACGGCCUCGCACACGGUGGAGGGCCUAUGAUCUACACAGGAGCCACUCUCGUCAUUAGGAAAAAGUUCUCUGCCAAAAACUUUUGGACCGAUAGUGCGAAGUACAACUGCACUAUGGUAUGCACGAUUGGGGAGUUGAAUCACUACGUGUUGGCCCAACCCCCUCAACCCACUGACACACAACACAAAGUACGUCUAAUCAUCACUGCAGGACUCAGAAAAGAGCUGUGGCUGGAGUUCCAGAAACGAUUUGAAGUGGAUCAUAUUAUCGAGUUUUAUGGCUCUACUGAGGGCAACUUUGGUAUCAUCAACAUUUACAACAAGCCAGGAUCUGUUGGAGCUCUCCCACUGUUUGUACCGUCCCUUCAAAACGUCACUAUCUUGAAGCUUCAUCCGGAGACUGGUGGUUACCUAAGAGAUGAGAAUGGUUUCUGUGUCGAGUGUGGUGUGAGGGAACCUGGUGAAACUGUUUGUGAGAUUACUAAAGUCUCUCCCUUCUACAGGUAUCGAAAUAAAAAGAACUCGGCAAAAAAAUUCUUAGGAAUUGUUUCAAAGCAGGAAAUGCUUUUCAGAACUGGAGACAUUAUGCACAUUGACGAGGAAGGUUUGGUGUAUUUCUGUGAUCGAUCUGGGGACACGUUUCGUUGGAAGGGGGAGAACGUAUCCAUGGCAGAGGUUGAGACUCGUAUUGCUACUGUGUUGAAGUUGACGGAUGUGGUGGUGCACGGUGUUGAGGUGCCUGGUAACGAGGGGCGUGCUGGAAUGGCUGCCAUUGUGGGGACUCUGGUCAUGCAGGGGAGCACUCUGGCUGGAUGAGACACAGAGGAGGCACUAACUGACGACAAGACGACAAUGUUCGACUGGUGUAAGGAGGGGAAUGAAAAUAAAUUACGAUCUCUACUCUCUGACACCAAUGUCAAUCAAACUGACCAAGAGGGGAUGGGUCUUCUUCACUGGGCCUGUGACCGUGGCAACCUGAACAUGGUGAAACUACUUGUGAAGAGGGGAGCAGAUGUUAAUAUUGAGCCGGGACACAGACAAUCAGACACCUCUUCAUUACGGUGAGAGAUGGAGUAUUCCUUUACAGAGGGUGCUUGUGUGUUAAUACAUGUUGAAGCUAGCUGUCUGUUUGUAGAUCUUUGUUUGAGUCCAAUGCUCCCUCUACUGAAUAGUGAGGGAAGUCAGUUUGGCUGUGUAUCUAUGGUAACCUUGGAGAUCUUUUUGUAUUUGCAUUAAUGAUGGUGAUCGAGGAAACAUAUUAUACCCUAUAGCUGUA